AAAAAAAAAAAAAACCCCUCCAAGUCCACCAAGGAGCAUAGCAUGUUCACCAGCUAAACUACCAACAAUCCAAAGCUCUUCACGAGCACCACUCACUCGACACCAUGCUCUACGAUCUAAACAUCGCAUGGUCUCCCUCGACCACCACCGCCGAACUCGAGCGCACACUACGCUUUAGUUCUCAAUUAGGCUAUAACGUCGUCGCCCUCAACCACACCCUCGACGCCCCUCUACCCUCCAAACUCGCCAACCCCUUACCCAGAUUCCCAACUCCUCCCUCCCCGCCGCAACCGCAAAAUACAACCACAACAACAACAACCACCGGCCGCCUCCCCACCAUCCUCUACCGCAUCACCAUCGCCUUCACCGACCCGUCGCAAAACCCACAACUCGCCAAAGCCGCGCAGGCCUACGACCUCGUCGCCGUGCGCCCACAGUCUGAGAAGGCCUUCCAGGCCGCCUGCCUCACCGUACAGGACGCCUCCCUCAUCUCCCUCGACCUCAGCACGCGCCAGCCCUUCUACUUCCGCCCGAAGCCGUGCAUGGCCGCCGUGUCGCGGGGCCUGCGCUUCGAGAUCUGCUACUCCCGCGCCAUCUUGGCUUCCCCCGGCAGCGGUGGCGGUGGUGUCGAUGCGCGCGCGAGGGCGAACUUUGCGGGGAAUGUGGCGCAGCUUGUGCGCGCGACGAGGGGUCGCGGGAUUGUGAUCAGUAGUGAGGCGGGCGCGGCGAUGGGCUUGCGGGCUCCGGCCGAUGUCGUGAAUCUGCUCGCGGUGUGGGGCUUGUCGCCCGAGAGAGGGAUGGAAGGAUUGCGUGCGAAUCCGCGCGGGGUGGUGGUGAAUGAGGGGAUCAAGAGGAGUGGGUUUCGAGGGGUGGUGGAUAUUGUUGGGGUUGCGGAACGGAGCGCGGAGGAAGAGAAGAAGAAGGGGGGAGCGGUGGGGGUUGGCGAAGGGAGGGGGGUAGUGCCAGUGAAUAAGGACAGUAAGAAGAGGAAGAAUGGCGAUGCGGAGGGUGGUGAUGCUCAACCCGUGAGCAAGAGGCAGGCGAAGAAACUAAAAGCUGCACUAAGGAGAAAGGAGGUUGAGGGAAAGGAACCCCAGUCAUAAGAGUGAUGAGAGGAGAAGAGAAAGAAAAGAGCAGUCCGUCCUUUGUUAAGAUAUGCAUAUGACAACGGCGUUUGGAAAAUAGGUGCCUAGGUAGAUUAUCUAGGCAGAAUGGCUGGUCAUCUGAAGAUACCCUGAUAAUAAAAUCAUUCAUUUUUAGCACUGG